GAGAGCUCCCAAGGGCCUCCGCUCUUCUGCUGGCCCCCAGCAGUUUCGUCUCCGCCCUAUGUGACAAUGACCUUGGGGCAGCAAUUGAUUGUUUCUCCUUCCGUGGAGCUCCGUGAGGCUGUUGGCUCAUCCAACCCACUCUCGGAUCUGAGCCCCCUGCCGUGUCCCACCAUGGAGCAUCAUCCACCAGAACAGCAGGGCCCCGCUGCCUCUGACCAGGCCCCGGUUUCUACGAUCUCAGAGUGUCAGGAGACACUGGAGGCUGCCGAGGCCCUGAUGACUCUGAAGAACUCUUGGACCUGGCGCCAGAGCCACAGCUAGCCAGGU